UUCGAAAUGUCAUUGUCGGUUCCACCAAAAUUUUAUGUGCAUUUUUGUUGAUUUUUUAUAACAUUAUGGAGAGUUAUGGCAAUAGGAAUCGAAAUGUGGAGCUUUCUAAAGUGGAUUGCUAUGAAAAGUAUGUUAUGAAGUCAAUUUUGAAACGAACGAGAAAUCACAAUGAGAAGCCGUGGGGAAGGCCUAUUUACACUGCGGACGCGGCGCCCCCCACAACUGUAGAGGCACCUCAAGAAUCUAAUACGGCGGAUACCGCGUGUCCCGCCUCGCUGCCAAUUCCGCAGGAGCCAAAGCCGAUCGAGCCAGCAGUUCAGCAAAACGCCAUAGCUCCAGAAACAUCACUAGAGCCGGACAAUAAAGAAGUGCCACCUCCAGAACUGAUACCAGAAUCACAAUCAGCGAUAGCAGAGCAGGCGCAGCAGCCGGAACCAGCGAAGACGGAACCGAAACCUGAACCUGAAGCUAAUCCCUUAGAACCAGCCGCUGGAGAUAAUGCUGUACAAAACAGCUCUAAGCAGGACAUUGACUGGAAACUAAGAGAAACGGAGCUUCUGAAGAAAAUUGUAGAACUGGAGAAAGUGAAAAGCCAAAGCAGCGAACAUGGCCUCAAGUUGGAAUUAAAGGUUCGCGAAGAAGAAAUAGAUCUUCUGAAAGCUCGGGUCAAGAAUCUGGAGACGGAGCUGCAGGCGGCGCUGUCCAAGCCCGGCGGCAAGAACCACGAGAUGAUUGAGAACAUCAAGCAGCAACACGAAGAACUCCUCAGUAAAGCUCGCGGGAUGAUCUUCGACAAAACAAAGAUGGUGAAAAACCAAGAGCUCCAGAUUGAGGCGCUGACGACGCAAGUGCAAUCGUUGAAGGAUAUCAACCUCAUCACGAAAGAUCUGCUUGAAAUCAGGAACUCUGAAGUCAAAGCCAUGGAGGAGCGUCUCCAAGCAAUGGAGGCUCGCUUCAAAGCCGAGAAGGAGCGCUACGGGCUGGUGCUGCAGCGAGCGCAGACCAGCACCAACAUCAAUGAUGAUUUGCGCAAGGAGUACGAAACACAGCUCGGAAUAUUCAAGGAACUGAGAGGGAAAUACGAGCAAAGGGUACAAGCGUUGGUGGCGGAAAAUGCAAAGUUGAAGGAGCUCAACGUCCAGCUGAAAGCCAUGUCAGGGCCUUCGGGGUAACCGGCUGCGACCGGGUGUGUGCUAAGACUGUUCUCAUCAAUGGUUACGCUUUUAUACUAAGACUUUUGUAGCGUAUUUAAUAAAGUUUUUACUAUUAUAAUAUUGAAA